AUGGCUCUCAAGAAGGCAGUGAAGAAUUCUGAUGGAAAAGAUGCUGAAACGGCUAUUCUCCAAUGGUUUGAGUGCGAAGGAGAGCCGGCGACGGUGCAGUCCUUAACAGAUGCACUCGGUAGCAAGUUUGGGAAAGCACUUGUUCAGAGUGUUUUGGAGCAAUGUGUCAGUGCAAAGAAACUACAAGCCAAGGAUAUUAAGAAGGCUAGGCUCUACUUCCUCAAUUUAGCUGAGGCAGCGGAGAGGCAUGGGGGGGUUUGUCCCGUGGAUCCAGCAAGGAUAGAACUCAUGCAACAGAUUCAACAACAAGCGAAGCUUAUUUCGGAUCUUUCUAAAGAGUUAAAUACACUACUUCAGAAGCCGUCUUCUUUACAGAGGGCCUCUAACAUUGCCCUGCUAAGCACAGAGUGUGCCGCGCUAAAACAGCGUGUGGAGAAUGUGAAACGCGAAAUAAACCAAGGUCAUGACGUAAAGAAGGAUGAAGAUUUUUCACUCCUAAUUCGACGGUACAAUCGAGCCAGAGAGCUUUGGAGGGAACGUAAACACAUGGCGGAGCAUGUUAUUGAUGCCAUCUUGGGAGACAGCUGUGACUCCAAAGACCUCGCGGAUCACUUUGGUCUUAUUAGUGACCAAGAGGCAAAUGUCUCUCUGAAUGAAACAGCGAUUACAUUUCCGAGGGUUGAGGGUCUUGCAGAUGUGUGA